CAAGGGAUUACAGGUAUGUAUGGUGUGUAUGGUAGUCAAGGGAAUACAAGUGUGUAUGGUAGUCAAGGGAAUACAGGUGUGUAUGGUAGUCAAGGGAAUACAGGUAUGUAUGGUAGUCAAGGGAAUACAGGUGUGUAUGGUGUGUAUGGUAGUCAAGGGAAUACAGGCGUGUAUGGUAGUCAAGGGAAUACAGGUGUGUAUGGUAGUCAAGGGAAUACAGGUAUGUAUGGUGUGUAUGGUAGUCAAGGGAAUACAGGUGUGUAUGGUAGUCAAGGGAUUACAGGUAUGUAUGGUAGUCAAGGGAAUACAGGUAUGUAUGGUAGUCAAGGGAAUACAGGUGUGUAUGGUAGUCAAGGGAAUACAGGUAUGUAUGGUAGUCAAGGGAAUACAGGUGUGUAUGGUAGUCAAGGGAAUACAGGUAUGUAUGGUAUGUAUGGUAGUCAAGGGAAUACAAGUGUGUAUGGUAGUCAAGGGAAUACAGGUAUGUAUGGUAUGUAUGGUAGUCAAGGGAAUACAGGUGUGUAUGGUAGUCAAGGGAAUACAGGUAUGUAUGGUGUGUAUGGUAGUCAAUGGAAUACAGUUAUGUAUGGUAGUCAAGGGAAUACAGUUAUGUAUGGUAGUCAAGGGAUUACAGGUGUGUAUGGUAGUCAAGGGAAUACAGGUGUGUAUGGUAGUCAAGGGAUUACAGGUAUGUAUGGUGUGUAUGGUAGUCAAGGGAAUACAGGCGUGUAUGGUAGUCAAGGGAAUACAGGUGUGUAUGGUAGUCAAGGGAAUACAGGUAUGUAUGGUGUGAAUGGUAGUCAAGAGAAUACAGGUGUGUAUGGUAGUCAAGGGAUUACAGGUAUGUAUGGUAGUCAAGGCAAUACAGGUAUGUAUGGUAGUCAAGGGAAUACAGGUGAGUAUGGUAGUCAAGGGAAUACAGGUAUGUAUGGUAGUCAAGGGAAUACAGUUGUGUAUGGUAGUCAAGGGAAUACAGGUAUGUAUGGUAGUCAAGGGAAUACAAGUGUGUAUGGUAGUCAAGGGAAUACAGGUAUGUAUGGUAUGUAUGGUAGUCAAGGGAAUACAGGUGUGUAUGGUAGUCAAGGGAAUACAGGUGUGUAUGGUAGUCAAGGGAAUACAGGUGUGUAUGGUAGUCAAGGGAUUACAGGUAUGUAUGGUAGUCAAGGGAAUACAGUUAUGUUUGGUAGUCAAGGGAAUACAGGUGUGUAUGGUAGUCAAGGGAAUACAGGUGUAUAUGGUAUGUAUGGUAGUCAAGGGAAUACAGUUAUGUAUGGUAGUCAAGGGAAUACAGGUAUAUAUGGUAGUCAAGGGAAUACAGUUAUGUAUGGUAGUCAAGGGAAUACAGGUAUAUAUGGUAGUCAAGGGAAUACAGUUAUGUAUGGUAGUCAAGGGAAUACAGGUGUGUAUGGUAGUCAAGGGAAUACAGGUAUGUAUGGUAUGUAUGGUAGUCAAGGGAAUACAGGUGUGUAUGGUAGUCAAGGGAAUACAGUUAUGUAUGGUAGUCAAGGGAUUACAGGUGUGUAUGGUAGUCAAGGGAAUACAGGUGUGUAUGGUAGUCAAGGGAUUACAGGUAUGUAUGGUGUGUAUGGUAGUCAAGGGAAUACAGGCGUGUAUGGUAGUCAAGGGAAUACAGGUAUGUAUGGUAUGUAUGGUAGUCAAGGGAAUACAGGUGUGUAUGGUAGUCAAGGGAAUACAGGUAUGUAUGGUAGUCAAGGGAAUACAGGUGUGUAUGGUAGUCAAGGGAAUACAGGUAUGUAUGGUAUGUAUGGUAGUCAAGGGAAUACAAGUGUGUAUGGUAGUCAAGGGAAUACAGGUAUGUAUGGUAUGUAUGGUAGUCAAGGGAAUACAGGUGUGUAUGGUAGUCAAGGGAAUACAGGUGUGUAUGGUAGUCAAGGGAAUACAGGUAUGUAUGGUGUGUAUGGUAGUCAAGGGAAUACAGUUAUGUAUGGUAGUCAAGGGAAUACAGUUAUGUAUGGUAGUCAAGGGAUUACAGGUGUGUAUGGUAGUCAAGGGAAUACAGGUGUGUAUGGUAGUCAAGGGAUUACAGGUAUGUAUGGUGUGUAUGGUAGUCAAGGGAAUACAGGCGUGUAUAGUAGUCAAGGGAAUACAGGUGUGUAUGGUAGUCAAGGGAAUACAGGUAUGUAUGGUAUGUAUGGUAGUCAAGGGAAUACAGGUGUGUAUGGUAGUCAAGGGAAUACAGGUGUGUAUGGUAGUCAAGGGAAUACAGUUAUGUAUGGUAGUCAAGGGAAUACAGGUGUGUAUGGUAGUCAAGGGAAUACAGGUGUAUAUGGUAUGUAUGGUAGUCAAGGGAAUACAGUUAUGUAUGGUAGUCAAGGGAAUACAGGUAUAUAUGGUAGUCAAGGGAAUACAGUUAUGUAUGGUAGUCAAGGGAAUACAGGUGUGUAUGGUAGUCAAGGGAAUACAGGUAUGUAUGGUAUGUAUGGUAGUCAAGGGAAUACAGGUGUGUAUGGUAGUCAAGGGAAUACAGUUAUGUAUGGUAGUCAAGGGAAUACAGGCGUGUAUGGUAGUCAAGGGAUUACAGGUGUGUAUGGUAGUCAAGGGAAUACAGGUAUGUAUGGUAGUCAUGGAAUCUUUUAGUAGGUAUGUGAAAUGAGAAUUCAUGAGGUGAAAAUAACCCCAAAACCUUCUGUAAAAUAUGGUGGUGGCUCAUUGAUGUUAUGGGCUAUUUUGCUUCCACUGGUCAUGGGACCCUUGUUAAGGUCAACAGCAUCAGGAACUUU